CAUCUUGUGUUCCUUUUCAGAUCCUUUCAAUUAAAGACUUCCUCCUCCUGCAGAUCCCCUUGCAGUCCCCUAUGAACACUGUGUGGAGUGAUGACUAGCAUGUGCAACCCCGAACCCUCCCACCACCAAACACAGACACAAUAUACAGCAUGUGAUUGUGUGAUAGUGAUAUUGAAAGUAUUGGUUUUCAGGAGUAGAUGCGCGGCAGGUGGAGGAGUAGCAAAAUUCUUCAGAACAGCCAACGCUGACGCACCUGUCCUGAGCCAACCCUCCCACCUCUCUGUGUCACUUCUGAAGAAAAGAUCUCUGUCCUGUCCCAGUCAGGACCUCCAAGCCCCAGGAAAAAUGGGCAACAUGGCAACAGAGAUUGUUGCCUUUGUCCUGACCAUCUCGGGGUGGAUCCUGGUGUCUUCCACCCUGCGGCUAGACUACUGGAAGGUGUCCUCUGUGGACGGGACGGUCAUCACUACCGCUACCUUCUGGUCUAACCUAUGGAAAACAUGUGUGACUGAUUCCACUGGUGUGUCUAACUGCAAGGACUUUCCUUCAAUGCUGGCUCUGGAUGCCUAUAUCCAGGUGUGUCGAGGUUUGAUGAUCGCCGCUGUAUGUCUGGGUUUCUUUGGUGCCAUCUUCGCCUUGGUAGGAAUGAAGUGCACAAAAAUAGGAGGCUCUGAGACCACCAAGGCUCGUCUGACUGUCCUCUCGGGCUUCCACUUCAUUCUCAACGGCCUCUGCUGCAUGACUGCAUGCUCCAUAUAUGCUCACAGGAUCACAACUGACUUCUUUGACCCCCUCUUUUAUGCCCAGAAGUUUGAGCUGGGUGCAGCUCUCUUCAUCGGCUGGGCUGGAUCUCUAAUGUGUAUCCUAGGCGGACUUAUCUUCUGCUUCUCACUGUCCAAAGGCUUCAGUGUCAGAGCUGAAUACUCCUACACUGGAGCUGCAUCAUUUGAGACAGCACUAAACAAGCACAGAAAGACGAGAAACAACCUUCACAAUGAACCAGGGGAGCCAUCGAGGCAGUUUGGAAGAAAUGCCUAUGUGUGACAUUGGACUCUUGUGGUUACAUUUAUUAUAAUAGUUUGGGG